AUGAAGAAGAGGUGGAAGGGAGGCGGGGGCUGCAGCUGCACAGCAUGGAUAAAUUAUGAAUCGCCGCCGGCAUUUGGGGCGAUUCUGCUCCUGCUCUUGUUCGCCCUCCCGCUGUGCACGCUUGCAACGGCCAGCGUGGUUGGCAAGGACCACAAGACCACCUCGGAUGCGAAGCUGAAGCCUGGGCAGCUUGCACUCACUUCCACCGCUGCUGUUUUGACCCCCACGAACGCCAUCGUAGGCACCAAAGAGGGAGAAAGGCAAGUGUACGUGGUUGCAACCGCGGACGGGCGAGUGUAUGGCGUGGAGGGCAGCACGGGCGAGCAGCUGUGGUCCUUCCACUCGGGGCGUUCCCUCUUCUCUGGUUCUUCUUCACAGGUCGCCGGCGGUGCUUCUGGCCGCUCUGAAGACCCUCUACUGAUUCCUGGGCGCGACGGCUCGCUCUACGCCUACAUCACCAGCACGGGCAUGCUCAAGAAAUUGCCAUCGUCGAUCAAGGACAUGGUGAACAACUCGCCGUUCCUGGCGGCCGACGGCACGCUGUUCGUGGGCAGCAAGGACUCGCAGAUCUUCACCCUCGAGCUCGACACCGGCAGCCUGGCCUCCGUGCACUCGACCAAGGGCCUCUCCACCCAGCUCGUGCCCGCCGACCCCGACGACGAUGAAAAGAAUGCCAACCAGUUGUUCGUCAUGCGGACGGACUACACGGUGCGCGCAAUCAAUCACAAGAGCGGCGAGGAGCGAUGGAAUGUCACCGUGAGCGAGUUCACCUCCGAUUCUCUCGAGGACCCGAACAUCACGCUCAUGGCCUCCCUGAAUCCCAAUGGGGUCCACGCAGUCGACAUGAACAACGGGUUGCGUCUGUGGAACAUGAAGUUCCCGUCACCGGUGGUGUCGGUGUACCAGGUGGCCUACGACGCGCUCGUGCGGCGUGCGUUCCUCCGCACCCUGCGCACCCCGUUCGUCAUCUCGCACAAGCACUCCCUCCACUCCGUGUCGAGCCCCGACGAAGACGCCGAUGGAGUGUUCAUUGUGGAGCACGAGGGCAGUCUGAUCGCGUUUCCCGACCCGCAGGUCAUCUACCCGCAGGACCGAAUGCUGUCAUCGGCCGACCACCACCACCAGCAGCAAAGCGUCUACUCCCUCCCCGCGCCCGAUGACGUCACACAACAGGGCCACAGCCAGCUCGUGACGCCCUUUGUCGACACGCGCUACCAGUGCGACCACCAUCGAAUAUUCGAUGACGACGACGACGAGAGCGAUGACGUCGACGAGUACCGCACCAACAACAGCAUCGUCUUCGACAACGGCCGCGUGUGCCUGGUUAAGGGCCUCCACUUCAUCGAGAAGACCGCCGCCGGUGGCCACCGGGCCGACCAACCCUUUGGACGGCGGCGUGCGGGCAACGACCAGGACAAGUCGACGGCCGUCAUCGCCGCCACCGCCGCGCCGCGGCCCAACGACGACGACACGGACACGGCGCUGGUGGAGCGGGUCGCGCGGAUGCUCGACGCGCUCGGCAUCGGUCGGGCGAGCGUCAUUUCGUCUGUGCUGACGAUGGCGUCGAUGGGCCUCGUCUUCUUCAUCUACGCCUCGGCCCGGCGCAUACGCCAACCGACUGCGGCAGCGAGCCUGGAGGUGCGAGGCGGCAGCAGCAGCCGCGUAGCACCCAAACUAAGCGGCGGCAACAGCAGGCGCGCGCGGCGGAAGGCGCGCAAGAACUCCCAGAGCCGCAACGACGACGACGACGAGAACGAAGAAGGCGAUGAUGGUGAAAAGUACGAAAGCGGCGGAGGCGGCGACGGCGGCGGCGAUGAGGCAAGCGAAGGCGAGGAGAGCGGUCGGAGGAGCAACGAGGACUCGGACGAGGGCGGAAAUGACGACCAUAACAAUGCGAAGAAGAAGAGGAGGAAGCGCGGCCUGUCGACGACGGCGGCCAAGAGCAGGUCCACGCCCGUCAUCCCCUCCGAGAGGCUCAACCCGCUGGGCGAGGACGGCACCCUCCGCGUGGGCCAACUCGAGAUCCACAUGUCCAAGGUCCUGGGACACGGCAGCAGCGGUACGGUGGUCUACGAGGGCAUGCUGCACGGGCGCAAGGUGGCCGUGAAGCGCAUGCUGGCCGACUUCUACCAGCUGGCCUAUCGCGAGAUCUCGCUCCUCCUUGUCGCCGACGAACACAACAACGUCGUCAGCUACUAUGCCAAGGAGGAAGACGACCAGUUCAUCUACCUGGCGCUGUCGCAGUGCGUGACCACGCUGGGCGGGUUCAUCGAGGACAAGACGCGAAGAGCCCGGCCGAGCCGGCCCAAGACCUCGCCCAUCGCCGAACGCAUCCUCCCUCCAGUCACAUCGGAGACCAAGAAGAUGGUGCUGCAGAUGGUGGAAGGCCUGGCCCACCUCCACUCGCUGGACAUCGUGCACCGCGACCUCAAACCGCACAACGUCCUCCUCGACCGCAACAACUGCAUCAAGAUCUCGGACAUGGGGCUGGCCAAGAAGCUGGACAAGGACCAGUCCUCCUUCACCGCCUCCGGAGGGAGCAAGGGAACGCUGGGCUGGCAGGCGCCGGAGAUAUUGGCCGCCGCGGACGAGGCCGAGGAGCGCCGGGAGGAGGCCGAGGAGACCGACACCGCCGCCGAGGAGGCCAUCCGCAAGCGCGUCCGGGUCACCAAAAAAGUCGACAUCUUUUCCAUGGGCACGUCACCAGCACCCACCAUCGUCGUCAUGUUCGUCGUCGUCGUCGUAUUCAUCUUCGUCGUCGAUGUAGGCUGUCUGGUGUACUAUGUGCUGACGGGCGGCCUGCACCCGUUCGGUCCGAGCUACGAGCGCGAGUUCAACAUUCGGAAGAGCCAACCGACCCUCCACCCCUCGCUGUCGCCCGAGGCAAGGGACCUGGUCUUUGCCAUGAUCGAGUGCAACCCCACCAAGCGCAAGAAGCUGCUGUUCCUCAAGGACGCGUCGGACCGACUGGAGAUCGAAAAGCCGACCGCGCAGAUCGUGGUGGAGUUCGAGGACCACGCCCACUACCGCAUCCUCCAGCGAAAGGACUGGAUGCGCGUACUGGACCGCAAGCUCAUCGAUGAUCUGGGACGAUACCGCAAGUACAGCGGGAUGCUGGUGCGAGACCUCCUGCGAGUGAUUCGCAACAAGAGCCACCACCACCGAGAUCUCGCCCCCGAAGUCCGAGCCGCCCUCGGCGAGCUGCCAGGCCCCUUCUUGGGCUACUUCACGUCGCGCUUUCCCAACCUGCUGAUCGUGACCUACAAGCACCUCAAGAAGUACUGCCCCGACGAAGAGGCCUUCAAGCAGUACUUUGCUCGUGACGCCGAGCACUGA